UUUGCCGUAGCAGUACGGUAUUGAUAGUCGUACCCGCGCAACCAAACGACAGUGUCCCAACGCGUACGUACCGCGUUAGAUCGCGAGAGCUUUGACAACAAUACACAACAGCGUGAGUGUGUUUUGUUUACCGGUAGUACCAUUCGAUUUCUCGGUCGAUGAUUUGAUUUUUUUGUGUUGUUCAUUUAUUUUGCGUUGACUUUUGUUGUGUUUUUUUCGUAGAUUGUUUAAUUUGUUUUACUGUUACGUAGAAACUUGUGUGUGUUUUGUUUUCGUCUUUGCAUGGUACUUUGAUUUGAGCAGGCCGGGGUAGUUGAAAAUUUGUGGUCAAAUAACACGUCCUACCCAACGACAAACAGAAACAAACCGAAAAUCGAAAACAUCCCCAUCAUUCGCGAUACGAUGAACCUUCCUCAUUCCUUAACUAAUAAAUGAGUUAGUUAACUCUCGUAAAACAAUCUCAAAACCGUCCGUGGUCGACUUACACAAUCAAAAUAAUUUUAUUUUAUCGUGCACUUUUAAAUCAACAAACUAAAAAUGAGUUCGGUACUAUUGGAAGCCAGACCGUUCAGGCCUUUCAAGUCCAGCGAAGAGUACCUCUAUGCUAUGAAAGAGGAUUUAGCUGAGUGGUUGCAGACCAUGUAUCCUCACCUUAAUAUCGCCGUGGAGAACUUCAUGGAGAAGUUGGAGACUGGCGUAACAUUAUGCGAGCACGCCAACGCAGUUAAAGCACAAGCCAUCGAGUAUGUCGAGAAAAAACAGGCGAGAAAAGUAAUGACAAGAUCAAUAACGGGAUCAAUGUUACAAGCACAAAACCUAAUCAGAAUAGCAGAUGUCAAAUACUUUACUACGGCAAAGCCUGGAACAUUCUUUGCAAGGGACAACGUCAGCAACUUUAUUAAUUGGUGCAGAUUUUCCUUGGAAAUCAUCGAGUGCCUUCUAUUUGAAUCGGAUGACUUAAUCAUGCGUAAAAACGAGAAACACGUCAUACUUUGUUUGCUGGAAGUUGCCAGGAGAGGUGCCAAAUUUGGUAUGUUGGCGCCCAUGCUGGUCCAGAUGGAACGACAAAUCGAUCGGGAGAUCGCGGCGGACCAGAAGAAAUUGGGCUUCAACGAUGGAAACGAAAACAAUAACGAUCUGGAUGACGACAGUGAUAGUGAGUUUGAAGAAGAAGAACCGGUGAUGAUGUACGGACCAGUACCACAAAUAGUUACUAACGAUCUGAAGAGUUUAGACGAAAUGGUUCGUGAUUUGGUAGCCCAAUGUACCUGCCCUACCCAGUUCCCUAUGAUUCGAGUCUCAGAAGGAAAAUACCGAAUUGGAGAUACAAAAGUUCUUAUUUUUGUGAGGAUUUUAAGGAAGCAUGUCAUGGUCCGGGUUGGCGGCGGCUGGGACACUCUGGCACACUACCUGGAUAAACACGACCCGUGUCGGUGCCGGGGACAACACAGACCAACGCAAGGAGCUAAACUGGUGCCGGGAAGGGCACCCGACCUUCAUGGAGCUCAAGUGUUCUAUGACAGAUCUAAUGUUUCUCCGGCAUCCCUUCCACCUACAAUCAACGGCGUCAACAGCGGACCUCACAGUCUCGGCCCUCCAAUGAAUUCCCUCAACAGAUCCCGUUCAAAAUCGCCAUCGUUCUUACAUGCUGACACCAGAAGAUCUAUCAGCCCCAAUUUUCCACGAAAAAGUUUGGCAGCACCUCCCAAUAUUAGAUCCAGAAGUCCUACACCCAACUUUACUUCAACACACACGACCAAGUUAGCUACCAGAAGUUCACAGCCUUCAGUAAAGACAGCAUCGUCGGGACCCCAAAGUUUACCUCCUUAUUUACCCCAACCCAAGCAUGUAGCCAGCAUACAGAUACCUGUAGAAAAUAAGGUACUAAAAUCCGAAGCAGUUCUUCAAGUCAAUACCGAGUCACACAGCAGCGAUACUCACAGCGACACCUCAUCUCAAAUGUCCGACGAAGGAUACCGAAGUUUAGGUAUCGUUCAAGAUAAAAAUAAGAAAAGAUCUUCAUUGUACAGUCAAAACUCAGCCGAGGAUGUUGAAGAAACCGAAAAUCAACACAUUUACACCGAAGACGAACUCAACGACGUCGGUUUAAGAAGAACCAACUUCUCACAUAAACUCUACCUAGAGAGUCUCAAAAAUUUACGAAAAAGUCCCGAACCUCACGGAUCAUCGCCUACCUCACCAGUUUCGGAAACCGACAGCGCCAGAACGCUGUUGAGUAAUCAGAAACCCAGCAAUAAUUUGGGUUCUCUUGCAAGGAUCGCCAACAAAAUAAAGGAACGUUCGUUCAGCGAGGACAGGCCUAAACCUAAAAGAGAAUCCAGCAUCGAUCUAGGAGAACCGCUAAGAAACGGAACAGGUGGUAGUCCUAAAAAAUCCAUUUCGACCAGUAACAACGCCUCACCUAAGAAAGGAGACAGUAAAACGAGCACCUGGAACGGAAGGGGCAGAUCUUCAAGACCGAGUCUUACCACAGACACAUAUGUCUCGCCUUUCCAGAGAAACAAUAAUGGAAGAAGAAGUAUGUCUGCAGUAGGAGAAAGAAGAAUAUCUGUGUCUGCAAAUACGUCUCCUGCCAAAAGUAGAUUGAAACAAGAACUUCUACAAACCGUCUCUAAAUGUGAUAACGACGAGACCAUGGCACAAGAGAUUCAAGAACUGUUACGUAAAUAUGGAAGCAUGACUACGUUAGAUAAGGAAGAAUCGUUCUCGACGCCUAGUUUCGCCAGACAAACUAAAGAAAGAAAGUCCUACAGGAGUCCAAGGAAAGAUUCCAGACCAGAGAACAAUCACUCGAGAAUUCCAGCCCCAGUGACGAAAGCUUAAUUUCUUUUUGUUACCUAAAAGUUACUAGUUCUAACAUAUUCCAAGUUUAAUCGUGAUUAUUUUUUCACUAGACUUUGUAUCUAGUAACCAAUCAGACAAGUGUAAUUAGCUCGGUAAUUAGGUAUACUACAGCUGUUUUGUGUCCCCCUAUUUUCAUGAUUGGCAAACAAAAUUGUUAGCAAACUAUACAGGGUGCUACAAAUUCGAGGUACGAGCAUUGGUAUCUCGGAAACCGUAAUAGAUACAAAGAUGGU